GAGGACGACGAGGGAGAAGGUGGAGGAGGAGUCCCAGCCGUCGCCGAGGAUCCCCGGGCCCACCUUCCCGCCCAAUCUCGCCCGGCCCGGCGGGGCCUGACUGGCUGUUGGCUGACAGCUUAUCAAUACAGUUCUCUCUGAGGAGCCAGAAAGUAGGCAGCUCAUGACUUCUGAUCAGGACACUAAAGUUGUGGCUGAACCGCAGGUGCAGCAAGUACAAGAAGUUAAAGACAGUUCUCAUCUAGAGUCGGCCAAGGUUUCUGAAUUAAAUCCGAAUGCUAAAGUAUGGGGGAAUCACAUGUUACAUCUGGAAGCAAGUGGCGCCACUGAUGGCAGCGUGAGCAAAACGUGGGAAGAAAUUCCAGACCAUCCACCAGAUUCCUGCAAAGAAGGGUUGGAGGCCAAUGGCGAUGGUGACAAGAAGCACCAGAAUGAAUCGCUAACGGAACUGCAAGAAACGUCGCUCACGGCUCCAGCAUCUGACCAGACAGAUAUGAACCCUUUGGCUCUAGAUCAUUCAGAAUAUGAAUCUCUGCAUGAAAAUACUGAGACAGGAGAAAAAGAGCAGCUGCAGCCAGAAGGUCAAGAAGAUUUGCGAGAGGUGCUUAAAAAAACACUGGAAUUCUGUUUAUCUAGAGAGAAUCUUGCCAGCGACAUGUAUCUUAUCUCUCAGAUGGACAGUGAUCAAUAUGUGCCAAUAAUGACAGUAGCUAACCUCGAUCACGUCAAGAAGCUGAGCACUGAUAUGGAUUUGAUUGUUGAAGUGCUGCGAUCAUUGCCUUUAGUCCAAGUGGAUGAGAAGGGUGAAAAAGUCAGGCCAAACCAGAAUCGCUGCAUUGUGAUUUUACGUGAAGUACCCGAAUCGACUCCUAUUGAAGAGGUUGAAGCACUCUUCAAGGGAGAUAACUUGCCUAAGUUCAUCAACUGUGAAUUUGCCUACAAUGACAACUGGUUUAUUACAUUUGAGUCAGAAGCAGAUGCACAGCAGGCUUACAGAUACCUUAGAGAAGAAGUGAAAACUUUCCAAGGAAAACCAAUUAAGGCAAGAAUAAAAGCAAAGGCUAUAGCUAUAAAUACAUUUUUGCCAAAGAAUGGAUACAGACCUCUGGAUAUGAACAUCUACACACAGCAGCGUUACACAACAUCGUUUUACUUACCUCCAGUAUACAGCCCCCAACAGCAGUUCCCACUCUACAGUUUAAUUGCCCCACAGACUUGGUCAGCGACACACAGCUAUCUUGAUCCAUCGUUGGUAACGCCGUUUCCAAACACUGGGUUUAUCAAUGGUUUUACAUCUCCUACUUUCAAGCCUACUGCUUCUCCACUGACUACACUCAGACAGUAUACUCCCAGAAACAGGAAUCCCAGCAAAGCACAUCUACGGCAUACAAUACCCAGUGCAGACAGAGGUCCUGGACUUUUAGAGAGCCCCACCAUAUUCAAUUUUUCUGCGGAUCGCUUAAUCAAUGGUGUCAGGAGUCCACAGACAAGGCAACCGGGUCAAAACAGAACACGGAUGCAGAGCACUUCAAGCUACACUAAGAGAGAAGUAGGGAGUGGCCGAGUAGAACCCACGACUUCAGACUCGUCCCCAAGCUUAGGACGAGGAAGAAAAAACUCCUACGGCUAUCGGAAGAAGAGAGAAGACAAGUUCACGAGAGGGCAAACGCAGUCUCCUCCUCCAAAGCCUCCAUCUCCAAGCUUUGAACUGGGGUUGUCUAGUUUCCCUCCGUUGCCCGGAGCUGCAGGCAAUCUGAAGACAGAAGACCUGUUUGAAAACAGAUUGUCGAGUGUGGUAGUAGGGACGACAAAGGAGCGGAACCUCAACGUGGAUGCAAGUACAAACACUGUCCCAUCAGGAAUUCCUCGUGAGCCUCUGUUGCCAGUCACUACUUCUUCUCUACCAAGAACGUUUGAGAGGUCUCCUUCCCCAUCCCAGUCUCCUGACGACUCCAAAGCUAUGGACAAGCCACAGAGAGAGACACAAAACACGGAAAGAAUUUCUUCCACGCUUACUACCGCUUGUAAAUCAGUACAGGUCAAUGGGGCUGCCAUAGUCGAAUUACGAAAGCCUAGUUACGCAGAGAUCUGCCAGAGGACAACGAAGGACCCGCCGCCUCCUCUGCAGCCCCAGAAAGAACAGAAGCCAAACACUGUCGGCUGUGGGAAAGACGAGCGGAAACCCACAGAAACUCUAGAGCGGAGCAAAGAGGCCCCUCCUGUGAAGUCAAGCCCAGGGCAGCCCAAAGACCAGAGGAGACAGUCGGGACGCCGAUCACCACCCCCUCCAGCUGCUGGGAAACGCCUCACAAAAGAACAGAGCACCCCUCCCAAAUCUCCUCAGUGAAACUAGCACUUGGGAGGGAUUGAAACAGUUUUGCUAUCCAUGAAGUUAAACCCAUGGCCACUCAGAGUACACAGAAAGAGUUGCUGGUUAGGAGCUUGCAGUGGGUGUUGAGUCUACAGAAUGCCUGCAAGGUUUCCCCCCCCCCUCCCUUUUGUGUUUUUUGGUUUUGUUCUUCCUUUUGUAAAAUAGAUUCCACCUUCACUUCCCUCACACCUCUGUUCCCCCCACCAAAUUUCCCCUUGAGCAAACAGUCUACUCUGUCAGGGUUUAAUUAAUCUAAACCUUGCGUUUAGAUUGGUGCUUAACCAGAGGUGAUGCCUAAUUUUUUUUUUCUCUCUAGAUGGAAAAUACAUUUACCUGACAGAAAACAUUUUUUAUGAAGCCUUCAUGUGGCUUCAUGUAAUGAUUCCCUCCCCCCGCCCCGAUCUGUUACGCAGAACUGCGCUGCUGUAGUUUUUAAAUAACUGGUCUAAAGUGCAUGCCUUCUAAAAAUGUCCAAAGGAUUCAUAACAGCAGCUAACAUUUAGAGGGCAAGAAAAAGAAGCCUUUUACAAGACAGUAGGAUUUCCCCUCCCCCUUCCUUUUAAAUUAUGGCUGCUGUGGCACAGCAGCAUGGAAAACUGUACUUUUUUUAGUUUUAAAAAUAAAUUUGAUUCUAACGUUUUAAAGUACAAGCAUUUUGUUUUCUUCAGCCCAAAAACAUCACAUGGGAGGCUUUUCUAGUAUUAUUUGUUGGGAUGGGCAGCAAGCGAGUAACCAGCUUCUCAUUAAAUAAAAUGGUUCCUUGAAUUUCAGGAAGAGGAGAAAAAAGCACAUUGUGAAUAGAAAAUAAUUCAGUACAUAAACCCUCGUUUAUGGCAGAUGCCAGUUGAUGGCCAUUUUUUCACAAGAUAGCACAACAGCACUCUUGUGAGGAGGAUCUCUAUUGCCUCUCAGCCGGAGGGAAUUAAUUUGAGUCACCACUGUCCUUUCUGGUUUAUCCCUGUGCUGUGUGUAGGUUUUUUUAAACUAUGCUCAAAAGUGCUCUUUGAAAGAGUUCAUAUCUUAAAUCAGCCGAAGUGCUGCCACCUUUCUGUACCUACAAACAUUGGCAUUUUGAAUUUAAUUUUUUUUUCAGUCCGUAAGAUAAUGGAGUUCUCUUUUUUUUCCCCCCUUCCCGUGUGCAUGUGACGGUGAGGGAAGAGAUCCCCAUUUCCGUCUGGGGUGAGGUUUGUCACACUUAACUUUAGAAGUGACAUGCUUUCUGAAGGACGAGGAUGCACUAAAGAUUAGCAAGUUUCUAAUAAAGUUUGACUAUGAAUCUUUUUUUGUUGUUUUAAAAUGCCUAAAGUUUUUUCUUUUUUUUUUCUUUUGAGUGUUUGAAGCAGCAGGUGGUUCGGAUGAAAAAAAUGUGUUCCUGCUGAAUACCGUUUAUUCCACACAAAAAAGGUUUAUUUAAACAACUGGUUUUUUUAAAGAAUUAUUUCCAUCCAAUAUUUAAAGACUUGAAUUUUAUUUAAACUUGAAAAUGACUUUGCCUUAACUUUUGUAUAAGACAGCUUAGAGUUACUGAAGUCUGACCCCCUUCAUAGGGUUAGUGUGGGUGGCGCGUACAGAAUUGCUCAGUUGCAGUAUGUAUGUAUUGUCACUGGUAUUGCUGAGUAAAACAUACUAUAAUACAGGAUCUAGCGGUGGGGUUUUUUUGUAAUAUACCUUAAAAGAUCUUAAGCAGUUGAUCUUUUUUUUUUUUUCAAAAUGUUGGAAAAAAAUCUGUAAAUGGAAAUAGUCAAUACUGUAUUAAAUAUGUGCACUUGGAAGUGUGUGCUUUGAUUGUACAGUUGUAAAUAAUCAGAACAUAUAAAAAGGUACCCUUAAAAAACUGAUAAAAAUUAUUGAUAUAUUAUAAAUGUUGCUGUUGAGCUGGAUGUAGAUAAACUAAAUGUUGUGGUUUGAAUAUUACUUUUUAAUUUGUUGGGUUUUUUUCCUUGUUACUUUUUUUCUUUAUUCUGGUAUGCUGAGCUGAUUUCUGCCUCUUCACUGCAAAAGGGAAUUGGAGAAAAGUUGUGUCUUUAAAAUCCCUUGGGAAUUUUUUAAAUCUUUUGGGCGUGUGCAUUUCAACCAGUGUGAAAACUUGGUUGUGCACUGUAAUUUUCAAUUCUGUUCUUAUCAGCUGCAAUUAAAAUAUAUAUUUUUUAAAAUCCUGAGUUAGAAAGCAAUUGCCACACAUUGACACACACAUACACACACACACACAAAACCUCCCCAACGUUUACUUCAAUUGCUUUUUUUAGGCCAAACCAUUAGCAGUUACUUGUAUUGAACUUAAGUUUCCACAUGGCUAUAAAGAGACACAGGGCGGUUGAUUUCCUAGCAUAGAUUGCUGCUAUUUUUUAAAAUUCUCCCUUUCAGAAACCCAGCCUCCUAUUUUUGCACUGCAGAAUUUAAAAAUCGGCAAGCUGGGAUCUGUCCGUUCCAUCCUUUUUAGCAGGCACACUUGGAAAUACUGGGGAAGGAGAUGGAAUUCCUAACAUCAGUCCAAAAUCACCAAACUGGUACUGUUGUUGGGUUUAAACGUUUAUCCUUUAUCCAGUAAGCAGUGACAGUGGUGGCUAGAUUAGGCUACGGUUGAGACCAGCUAUGGUUUUUUUGCUUGCCUGUUGGAAGCAUGCAGUAAAUGGCUGCGAACAAUGUAUUAAGCGGCCACAAGAAGUGUGCAGUGAAUCAUCACAGCCAACUGAUAUGUUUAAAUUGAUGCCAUGCAGACCAGCAAGUGGGUUGUACCGCUUCUGAUGCGUUCUGCUGCUGCUUGUACUAGGUUAAUACACUGUAAUUACUUCUCACCCAAAUAACAGUUUGUGUAAAGAAAUUAAAACUUUACCGUGAUAAGCUUUCCUUUUACAAAAGAGCACGAGUGACAUGCCAAAUAACUUUUUCCCCCCAAUCGCUUCACCAUUUCCGCACUCAGACCAUAAGGAACUACUGGCACAAAGCUGACACCUUACAGACCUGUCAACAUAACAGCCGCUCAUAUCUGGCAUUUUAAAAGAGCGAGCUGCUGCUCUGGAAUCCAAGUUGCAGGUUAGAACAAUAGGAACCCAUUCGCAAUUGACAUUUUUUUGAAAAAAGAAAAAAGAAAAGAAUUAUUGUAGGAUUGCUUCGGUGCUCUUCAUACAGGAGUAUAACACAGGUUUCGUGAAGCUUUGUUAAAGGAAUGUAUUUAAAAGAAGAGUUUACUUUUGAAUAUUUAAUGUGUAUCGGCGCUCCCUGUCUCUCCCCCCCCCCCUUUUCUGAUCUCACAUCCUGUCAUAGAGAACUGGUAUAACCAAUCAGUCUUUGUCAGGGGGGCUGUCUCUCUUCUAGAGGCAUAAGUGAUUGGUGCAGAGAUGCCCUCUUUUCUAUAUGUGUUGCAGUGUAUCAAGAACAACCAUUGGCGCUUCAGGGUCCAGACCCAUCUCUGUAUCCCUUGUAAGCUAGCUACAGUUUUCACAUGUUCUGUAACCUAUUACAUGGAUUGCAGCAGACAAUCGAAGACGCCUGCAGGCUCACAACUGCCAAGUCAGGAAACAGAAAGUGUGAUACAGAGGUCUUUUUUUGUGGGGGGGGAGGGUUUUCUGUUAUGUUCUUCUUCCAUUUAAGACUGGAAUCAAGCUUACAUGUAAACUAUUGGUAAUUUAAGUUUCCUUUUUUGUGUCAUAAAAUGUACGACUGUCUAAAAAAAAAUGUAGGUUAUGAAAAAUAAAGAUUUAGGCACUGUUGAAUUUCUCUUUUUUUUAAAUUAAAUUUCUUACAACAGUA